AACGAAACCUUCAAAAUGUUCAAAUUGUUCGUUCUCGCUGCGCUGCUGGCUGUUGCCGCUGCUCGUCCAGGUCAUUUGGCUGCUGCUCCGCUGGUCUAUGCCGCUCCAGCUGCAACUGUUGUGCAUGAGCCCGCUUUGGCUAAGGUAGGCGCUGUGGUCAAGAGCGUGCCCACUGCUGUUUCACAUCAGAGCAUUACCCAAGUGCAUAGCACACCUGUGCUGGAGGAUGUGGUGGCGCCAGUGGUCAAGACUACGCUGCAUCAAGCUGCGCUGCCUGCUGUUGCCACCUACGCUGCUGCUGCGCCCGCUCAUUAUGCUGCGUUGCCUGCUUACUCCACUUAUGCUGCUCAUGGCUUGACGCCUGUGGCCUACAAUGCGCCCAUUGGCUACAGCUCGCCGCUGCUGCAUCAUGCGCCGCUGACUUAUGCCAGCGCCUGGUAAACGAAAGAUUUUGAACACUGUUGACUUGUGAAAAUAAAAUCCAAUUUGUA